AUGCGACUGCGCAAGCAUCGGCGCGCUACCGUCUCCGCCCCAAGUGCUCCCGCCACUCGCCCCCGACAGACCUCCGCCGCAUCCUCAUCCUCCGAUUCAUCCAAAGACCAAGCCGAUAUCGAACUCACCGCCGUCCCCGAGGCGCGACUGGAAGAGCGAAGACGAGCCGCAGACGACGCCGCGAAGCUCGCCAAAGCAGAGGCGUUUCUCAACUCCGAGGUGCGGCACGCUCCCAUCGACGCUGCCUCGCUGCGACCGGCAGAUCCAGUACCCACGAUUCCGACCAUGCCGGGCAGCGUGACGAGCGAGCGGGGAUCGUAUCUGACCCGCCUCUCGGCACAGGCCGAGGCAAGUAGUGCCAAGAAGAAGGGCAAAGAGGACGACGACGACGAUUCGAUGCUAGACGCGCAUAGACAUCAUAAAGGCCGACCAUGUGCACAUGGAGUGGUCAGGAGAGUCGCAGAGAGACACCAUCGCAAGGUGGAGAAGCGCGAGAAGCAGAGGCGAAUGGAGAGGAUGAGGAGGAUCGCCGCGCUCGACCCGCUCAAGGAGGCGGAGAGGGAGAGGGGCACGGCCAAGGAGACCACGUUCAUGGCGCUCAUCCGAAAGUACGGCGGGAUGGUGCCAGGACAGGGUGGACCCGAAGACACACCUGAGAGAUUGGAAGAAUCCACCGACUCCUCGCCAAGCACGGAGACGUCGUCGAUGGACGAAGAGAGCGCCUACCUCGUCGACACGCUCGACGUGGUCGAUCCGGGUGUGUCUGCAGCCGGGCAUCUGAGCAACAUCGGCAACUCGCUCAUCUUCCCCAACAUUCCAGGAUUGUACGAUCGGAGGCCAGUCAUCGAUCUGCCUUCCCAGGAAGUCGAUGCAGGCGCCACAUCCACCGAGACGACGCUGCAACUCGAAUCUGGCCGCGUCCCCACCCGCACACAGCAAGACCAGGACGACCUGCACCUCGACGCCUACGUCCACGAGCUGCUCACCAAGAAGCAAAAGUUUGCUCGCGCGAUGCAGGGCGUCUGGGCGUUCCUCAAGACGCCUGUCGGUGUGAUUGCUGGCAUCUACGGCUUCCUCGUCGUGAUUGGUGGUGCAGCGCUGGUGCUGUUCCUGAUCGGCGCCGUCGACGGGGGCAAGAACAAGGACUUCUGGAUCGAAGUGUUCAGUCAAUUCGAAAACGGGUUGUUCACCAUCCCGGGUGUGGGGUUGAUCCCGUGGCGUCUGCGGGAUACGUGGAGGAUGGGAUGGAUUGCGUACUAUCAACAUCUCACGUGGCGGUUGCGCAAGAAGCAAGGUCUGCCCAAGUUGGCCGAUAAGAACGACGUUCCUUCGGUCGUUGCUAAGGCACACCGCAAACGGAAUACUUCCGACGACGAUUCCUCCGAUGAGGAGGAGGAACCGAAAGUCGUUCUCACAUCAGACGCAGUGCUCUCGCCUCAACAAGCAACACACCUGCACACGCUCCAAACCGCCUUUGCCGAAUCCCAAUCCUGGUAUCGUCCCCACGAAACCUUCACCCACCACGCCUUCAGCAUCACCGCCGCGCUCAGCAUCACGCUGUUCAACGACCUCAAUUCGCUCUUCCAGUGCCUGUUGUGCGGCUACAUGUGGGGCUACGCAACGCACUAUCGCGAUCGACCCGCUUGGAGCACGGGCACGUUCAUGCCGUGUUCGUUUUUAGCGGGUAUCGCUGCGGGAGUGACGAUCUGGAAGGGGGGCGAGAGGAGUAAGAAGAAGCGCGAGGUGGAGGAGAGGUUGUUGGAGGCGUUUGCGAGGGAUGUGGAUGAGCGCGUGGAGCGGGCCAGGAGGGAGACGCAGCAGGGACCAGCAGCGGGGACGUCGGGACAGGUGGAAAGUGCGGAAAAGGGGGAUGGGAUCGACUUGGACCGCCUUGCGAGCGAGAUUACGGAGAAGCAACCUGAUACCACUCCUUCCUAG